AUGUUCGUGCUUUCCAGCAUUGGAACAUUAGCUGGGUACAUUCCUAAACGUUUCACUAAAAUCGUCAGUGAGAUGCGCCAUCGUAAGCACAAGGCCUACCCUCGCGCAGCAAACGUGGCUGAGGUCGCUGGUGACAUCAAGUCCUCAUCGACUUGUCCACUAGGCCGAGUGCCACGCAUUGUCGGUCUUCCCACAUCUCUCCUUGACUUAGGUGAUCAGGCUGCCUCUAAACAAUUAGGUGAGCUUCGCUUGCAUGGCAGUCUACGUGUAGCCACACAGCUAAUUGCGGCAUCUACGGCAACGGCUUUCAGUCGGCACCUGAUUGAUGGAGAUGAGACGAAUAGGACAGCAGGAAGGAAAGAUGGGGACGCUUCUCUUAUCAUAGAGGAUGUUGAGGACAAACAUAGCCUGGAAGAGGGAGAAAUUAGUGAUGAACAGGAUCGGAUAUUCGAUUUUGCCAGUGUAAACGGUAGCCGGAACAACAGUUUUCUUUCAACAAAGGUUAGCCGAAAUGCUAGCUUCGACAUUAUGGAUCUCGAGCACAGCCCGACAGAGAAUAGGCCACUAGCUGUGGUUGACGAGGACUGUGUAAGCAUAGCCUCAGAUACGGCUAGUGUCAACAGUGAGGCUGAGCAGGCUGGGGCUUUAUUGCGUAGUGUGCUGCAAGACAGUCUCGAGCUGGUGUUUGUGCAACGCCAUCUCUUCCUUUACGACCGAGCCUUAGUGAUUGCUGAUGCCGCUCUAGAGAUCAAGCCCCAGUCACCCCCAACCUCUGAUGUAGAUGCAAAGACGCUACCAAGAGCUGACUCGGGCGAGCUUGUUUGUCACUUCAGACACCUAAUGCAACUGGACCAAAUGGCUAUACUAGUGAGAAUCCAUCUCAUCUUGUUUUUUUGCCAGACUCAUGGUCUUUCGCCUUUUAUAAUACUUUUUGACAUUUUUAAAAUACAGAAUAAUUCGUUUUGGCUCCCAGUCAACAACCGAUUAACAUUGACUCUGCCUCUAAAUGGUUACGUAGAAGCCCCCCCAUUAUCUGAUAGUCCAACUUCCUAUUAA